AUGAUCCUCUCCGUCGCCAUCACAUAUCUCCUCGACAUACUCCUGUUUUUCGUGGGAUUGUCCGGGCAUGUUGUCCGAAUCUCUCGCAUUGAUUUAUGGCGACCCGCGAUAAAGGGCAUAACCUACAGCCGUCAUCGUAAAGGUUAUCAUGCGAUGGAGGUCUCAGUAGGUUCUGUGACCUUCCAACCCCACCUACCCCGACCAUCUGCCCCCUACUUCGGCACUAUAAUCAUCGACGACGUCUCCGUCAACCAGAUUCCCCAGUAUUCGGGCAGGAUUCAACAAGUCAAGGCAAUUUUGUGGCUCCUACCCACCCUUUUCAGAUUCACAGCAGGUCCGAUAGUCACAGCAGAAGUUCACGACUUUCUCAUCGAUGUCACCGAGUCAAGGAUGGAGCCCAGCUGGUUGCGCGCGAUUCGGUUGAAUCUGGUGGAAACGAUCUUGAGGGGAGAGACACUCCGGGUGAACGAAGUCAAGUCGAAGGUUUGGUUGUGGGAGCCGGCGACAGGGCCGAGAAAGACUAGGAUACAGAAGGGAGAGGAGGAGGCGGAGGAGGGACUGAAGGAGGAGGGAGUGGGGGAGGAAAGUGAAGAGGAACCUCCGGACAAAGAAGAGUCUUCUGAGGCAACACCUUCCGACGGCGACGACGAGGAAGAUGGGAAUGAUUUUAUCAACGAGAAGGUAGAGUUCAAGGACACCGACGACACGGAAACCCGUGCAAGAAUCUCUGCCUUCCAGGCCAUGCUGCACAAUUUCCGGAAUAAUCGAAUGUACAGUAUGGGCCGGAUUGACACAGAGAUCAAACGUCCAUGGGGUGCUCCGCCUUGGCCCGCGUCCUCUGCAGUGGAUUUUUAUGACGAUGAAGACGAUGCUUGGACGGGAUCGUUGUUGUUGAGGAUCGCGGAUAGCAACUGGACUAAGAUACCACGGGUCGGGGAAACGGUGUCGUCUGGCCCAUGGUCCGUAGCCAAGUCACUCGUUUUUGGUUUCUUGACCUUCCCGAUCUUCGUUUCGAAAGCUCUCUGGGAUCCACUUCAAUACGUCGACCUCGUCUGCACCAACGCGGAGAUGAAUUAUCGACAAUUUCGACUGCGCGACGCAGAGCUUUUCGUCGAGGCGGGUAAAGUGGCAUACGAGCGUUAUUCCAGUCUUCAGGAUAAUACGAAGCGCAUCCUCGAAGACUGGGCUUGGGAACUUUUCGUCGGAGGGCUUUCGUCUGCAUUCGGUCUGGAUGAGCCUAAAGUCGCCAGUGAGGUGAAGGAUAACAAAGACGUGUCGGAGAAGGCCUCGGUAGACAAUUCUGUAGAACUCCCCCCACCUAUAAUCAAGAAUUAG